AUGCAGAUGAACAGCAGUGUGAAUGAGUUCAUUCUGUCUGGAUUGACACAGGAUGUACUAAUGGGGAAAGUAAUAUUUGUGAUCUUCUUGUUUCUAUACCUCACGACUCUCUUGGCAAACUUCCUUAUUGUGAUGACCAUAAAAUAUAGCCAGACACUUGGGAGCCCCAUGUACUUCUUCCUUUUUUAUUUAUCCUUUGCUGAUGCCUGUUUUUCAACAACCACUGCUCCUAGGUUGAUAGCAGAUUCCAUAUCUGAAAAGAAAGUCAUCUCCUACAAUGAAUGCAUGACCCAGAUCUUUGCAGUUCACUUCUUUGGGUGCAUGGAGCCCUUGGUGCUGAUCCUUAUGUCCUUUGAUCGCUAUGUGGCCAUUUGUAAGCCCCUGAGGUACACGACCAUCAUGAGCCAACGUGUCUGUGAUAUGUUGGUGAAUCUGGCCUGGGUGGCGUCUUACAUCCAUUCUUCAGCACAGAUUGUCUUGGCUUUGAGAUUACCCUUCUGUGGCCCCAAUGAUAUCGAUCACUAUUUCUGUGAUAUGCAACCUUUGUUGAAACUUUCCUGCAUAGAUACUUCUGUCAUCAACCUACUCAGUGUGUUUAACAGUGGGGCCAUAUGCAUGGUGAGUUUCAUAAUGCUGCUUAUCUCCUAUGCUUUGGUUUUACAUUCUCUGAGGAAUCAGAGUGCAGAAGGAAGAACGAAAGCCCUUUCCACCUGCACCUCCCACAUUAUUGUUAUCAUUUUAUUCUUUGUACCAUGUAUGUUCACAUAUACUCGCCCUUUAACUGUAUUUCCAGUGGAUAAGUUAGUGGCUGUGUUUUACACUAUUGCGACACCUUUGCUCAACCCUCUGAUUUACACUCUGAGGAAUGCAGAAGUCAAAAAUGCCAUGAGAAAGUUAUGGUGCAACAAACUCUGA